UCUGGGAAAGAGUAACAGGCGAACAUUUUUUUAAAGUCAAACUCGAAUUUACGACAAAAUUAAAACAUAUUUUUAAAUUUUUCUGUGCAAAAUACAAAUUUCCGGAAUCCAUCAAAAAUGUCUAAAUCAAAAGAAGACUAUUGUGUUCCUAAUACAAUUUUUGAAUUCGAUCCAAAUUUAAAAGACUAUUCUAUUGUGCAUGAAAUCAAAAGAUGUCAAGAAUUGUAUAUCAAACGACAAGUACUAAAAAGACAAAAAGCUAUUGAUGUCAAGCCUCUUUAUUAUGAGAACAUGAAAAGAAGAGAUCUUGUUGCAAAAUAUCCGAUUUAUAAAUAUGCGUUCACUUUUCCAAAAAUUCCAAAGGCUCCUGAUUUGUGUAACCAUGUGGGCAAAAUUAUACUCGACAGAGAUAUCCUUACGCAAUCUGAACAUAUAGGCUUUUUGGCACAGCCAAAAGCAGAUUUUGGUCGUAUGGGAAGGGGUCCACACGGGAUUUAUCAGAAAAGACUCCUCCCGAAUUGUACAACCCGAGUUGAAUCCCUGUCACACCCCAAAAGUAUUCGGGUCCAACACAACUGGGAAGAUUUUCAUAAUGUAUUGUCAGUUCGUCAAGCCACAAACUUAAGGAAAACUCUUCAGAAACCGCCUUUGCAGUAUACAACAAUUGAGAAGGCUUUAACUUAUAUUCACGAGGAACGACGGCUUAGGAACGUUAUGAAAAACGAAGCGAUGCGUAAGUGUAACAAGGUAAAAAAGAAGCUCCUCAAAAUUGAGCGAAAGCAAAUGGUUAAAAUUAUAUUCGCCUUAUAUGAAGUUUUGAAGGAAUCCCUUAUGAAUGAUGAUGUUUUCAUUGAAGAGGAUGAGGCAACAAGUAGUUUAAUAAGGGUGCUCGAGAACAAAAUUACAGAGUUUUGUGAUUGUGAUGACAAUAAUUCUACCAGCCAUAUUCGGCAGCCGAUCAAGGCAGUCGCAAGAAAUCUAGCAAGUUGGAUUAAAAUUUUCACAACUAAUUGUGGAUUUGGAAGUGCUGGUUUUAAAUCUCAACAAGAAACAGAUGGAACAGAUAAAGGCGUUAAAUGCAAUGAAAUGGAAAAUCAAGAGUUUUGGCUUCCAGUUGAAGAUUAUAUUUCAUAUAAUAGCUUGUCAUCGUCCGCCGAAGAUUUUGUCGAUGUAGAAGAAUAUGUGAACGAAGAUUAUUAUGGGGAGGAAGAAAAUUAACUCACUCGUGGGGAUAUUUUUGUUUAUUAGAAAUAUAAAUUUUAAGAUUGUA